CACGUGCCGCUGUUUGGCGCUUUUGUGCGCGCCCGGGUCUGUGGGUGCUCAGAGUGUGGCCAGGCGGCUCGGACCGAGCAGGGUUUUCCUUGCUAGUGGAUUGUGUAGAAUACACUGCCAGUCUCUUGUCUUCUGUUCACCAUGGCUUCUUCUGAUAUCCAGGUGAAGGAACUGGAGAAGCGUGCCUCAGGCCAGGCUUUUGAGCUGAUUCUCAGCCCUCGAUCAAAAGAAUCUGUCCCAGAAUUCCCCCUUUCCCCUCCAAAGAAGAAGGAUCUUUCCCUGGAGGAAAUUCAGAAGAAACUAGAAGCUGCAGAAGAAAGACGCAAGUCCCAUGAAGCUGAGGUCUUGAAGCAGCUUGCUGAGAAACGAGAGCAUGAGAAGGAAGUGCUUCAAAAAGCGAUAGAGGAGAACAACAACUUCAGUAAAAUGGCAGAAGAGAAGCUGACCCACAAAAUGGAAGCCAACAAAGAGAACCGAGAGGCGCAAAUGGCUGCCAAACUGGAGCGUUUGCGAGAGAAGGACAAGCACAUUGAAGAAGUGCGGAAGAACAAAGAAUCCAAAGAUCCUGCUGAUGAGACUGAAGCUGACUAAUUUGUUCUGAGAACUGACUUUCUCCCCCUCCCCUUCCUAAAUAUCCAAAGACUGUACUGGCCAGUGUCAUUUUAUUUUUGCCCUCCUGACAAAUAUUCUAGAAGCUGAUGUAGGACUGUAAAGGUAGAUCCAGACUGUAUGAUGUUGUUUUAGGGGCUAAAGGGGAGAAACUAAAAGUGUUUUACUCUUUUUCUAAAGUGUUGAAGUCUUUCUAAUGUAGCUAUUUUUCUUGUUGCAUCUUUUCUACUUCAGUACACUUGGUGUGCUGGGUUAAUGGCUAGUACUGUAUUGGCUCUGUGAAAACAUGUUUUGUGAAAAGAGUAUGUAGUGGCUUCUUUCAAACUGUUAGAUGCUGAAUAUCUGUUCACUUUUAAAUCCCAAUUCUGUCCCGAUCUUAACAGAUGCUACUGUACUUGAAUGGUUAAUAAAACUGCACAGUGCUGUUGGUGGCAGUGA